AUGGAUAUAGCAAAUGUAAAUUUCGAGAAUGGAUGGAAAAUAAUAAAAGAAGAAGCUAUUGAAAAAAUAGAAAAAUAUUUAGAAAAUGAUAACAUUGAAAAAAAUAAAAAUUUAUUUAGUGCAACAGAAUAUACUAGAUUAUAUACAGUUGUAUAUAAUAUGUGUGCAAAGAAAAAUCCUUUUUGUUACUCUAAAGAAGUAUAUAGAAAAUAUGGUGAAAGUUUAUCUUUUUAUGCUGUUGAUAAAAUUAAGCCAUUAUUAAGAAAUAAAAAUGAUCUAAUUAAAACAAAAGUAUUAAUUAAUGCAUGGAUAAAAUAUUCUUUUUAUACAAAUUGGAUGAACAAAUUUUUAAGAUAUCUUGACCGUUAUUACGUAGAAUAUAAUAGUUCAUUAUGCUUAAGUGCAUAUACAAAAAAUAUUUUUAAAAUUACGUUGUUUAAUGAUUUAAGAGAUGGAAUUAAAGAUAUCAUAUAUGAAAUUUAUGACAAUUUAAGAAUAGAUGAGAAAAAAGAUGAAAAAAAAUUAUUUUGUGAUUUAGUUCAAUUAUAUAAAGAAUUAGAUAAAGAAAGCAGUGAAAAAAUGUAUGAACACGAUAUAGAGAAAAAAGUAAUAGAAAAUGUAGAUAAUUACUAUAAAAGGGAAGGAGAUAAUUGGAUAAAUACGUUGUGUUUUGAUGAUUAUAUUAUAUCAAUUGAAAAUUCUAUUGAAAAAGAAUACAAUAAAAAUAAAUCAUUAAAUUUAAAUGAAGAAACUUGUGAAAAAAUCACUAACAUUAUAGUAAAACUUUUAAUAUUUGACAAAUUAGAUAUAUUAUUAAGCAAUAAACAAAAUAUAUAUGAUUUAUUAAAAAAUAAUAAUUUACGAUGUCUUAGAAGAACAUAUAUUUUAUUUUCUUAUUUUCCUCAAGCUAUUGAAGGAUUAAAAAAAAUUAUAGGAGAAUAUGUUAAAGCAGAAGGUAAUAAUUUAAAAGAGAAAUACAUUGAAAUAUCAAAAAAUAUUAGUCAUUAUAAAAAUAAUGAAAAUAAACAAAAAUUAUUUUAUGAAUCUAAUACAAAUAGUAAUAUUUUAGAACAAAAAGAUGAAAAUGUGUUAUGUGAAUAUAUAGAUAAGUUGAUAAAAUUACACAAUCAUUAUGAUAAUGUAUUUAAGUUAUCCUUCUUUAAUAUAUCAAAUAAUGUAAUAGACCAGAAUUUUAAAGAAUGUUUAAAGGAUUAUUUUGAAAGUUUUGUUGAGCAUGAAGAUGAAAAUUUCAGUACUGUAAAAUUGUUAGUUUUAUAUGCAGACAAUAUAUUAAAAAAAGAUAUAAACUUAAAGGAUGAUAUAAACUUUAAAAUUGAUUUGAUUGAUAAAAAUGGAGAAAAUAAAAAUGAGAAUAGCGUAGUCAAUGAAAAUGAUUGUAGUGAUAGUGAUAAUAAACCAGAAAGCUCAAUUUUGAUGAAAAAAAUGUCAGAUAUUGUAGAAAUAUUUAAUUAUACAAGCAAUAAAGAAACUUUUUUUGAAUAUUAUAGGGUUUAUUUAGCUAACAGAUUAAUUAAUAAUAUAUAUAUAUCAUUAAAUAUUGAAAAAAAAUUUAUCGAAAAUUUAUAUUAUAUGUGUGGUUCACAAUAUACUUCAAAAUUAGGUGGCAUGAUUCAGGAUAUGAUCAAUAAUAGAAAUAUGAAUACAAAAUUUUAUCAUUACAUUAAUAAAAAAUAUUCUAUGAAUAAAAAUGAGAUAAAUAUAAAUUAUUUAAAAGAUUUUUUUUCGGUGAAGAUAUUAAAUAAAGGAUACUGGCCUGCUUUAGAAAAAACAUCUAUGAAAUUAAAUGAUGAUUUUAAUAAAUAUGUUGAGUUAUUUGAAGAAUAUUAUAAAUCUGAUAAUAAAAAUAGAAAACUAGAAUGGAUAUAUGACUUAAGUGAAGUAGUAUUGGAAUAUUUCUUUAAUGACACUACUUAUUAUUUGUAUUGCAAUGUAGUAAAUGCUCAAAUUCUUUUGUUAUUUAAUAAAUAUGAAUUUAUAAAUUUUGAUAUUAUAAAAAGGGAAUUACAGUUAGAUCUGAAAUCUUUUACAAAUAACAUGUAUUCAUGUUUUUACCAUUUUAAAAUUAUACAUUCCACUGAUGAAGUAGUUGAAUGGAGUUCAUCUAAUUUUUAUAUAAAUAAAGAAUUUUCUUAUCAUCAUAAGAAAGUGUUUAUAAAAAAAGCAACUACAUUAUUAUCAAAAGAACAUGAAAAAACUAAAGAAGAUAGAACCAUGGCAAUAGAAGCAGCUAUUGUUCGUGUAAUGAAAAUUCAUAAGAAACUUUUUUACGAUCAAAUUUUUGAUUAUGUAAAAAGAUCUUUAUCUAAUUUUUCUCCUACCAAUCAAGUUAUUGAAAAAAAAAUAGACCUACUGGUUGAAAGAGAAUAUAUUCAAAAAGAAGAAAAUAGUCAAGUAUAUGUAUAUAUUCCAUAG